CCCGACGACGGCCGUCAGGAUGAAAACACCGCCUUGUGCCUCCAUCGUCCCGAGGAUCGAUCGAAGAGCCAGACGUGAAGCGAUGAGCCGCCGCACCAGGCGCGGCGACCGGCAGCAGCCGCCGCCGGCUCGUCCCACGACCGUGUCCAACAACCCCAUCUUCUUCGUGCAUGACGGCCUCGACGACGUGCCGGGCGCCGCCGUCGCCAAGCCGCUGCCGCUGCCUCCGAGCAGGGCGCACCUGCAGCCUGCAGGCUCGGGGCGGGCAGACAGUUCCACUUCCACGUUAAUGGCGAGCCGGCACGGGAGCGGCUGGGUCCUGAGGAGGAUGCACCACCACGACCCGUUCCUCGCCGCCUACGUGGCCUGCACCAAGAGCGGCGGCGGCGGCAAGGUCGACGCUGCUCCGGCGAAGCGGCAGCAGAAGAAGAACAGGGGCAGAGGCGAUGCCGCUGUCCAGGGGUGCGGCAUUUGGAGCGGUUGGACGGCGGCGGGAGCGAAGUACGCCGGAGCGAUCUCGUGUAAGUACGGCUGCGACGUUGCCACCGCGCAGGGCGACGAUCCUGCCGCAUCCCCGGCGCCCAGGCUGCACCUGUCGCGGCAGCUGGUGGUGAUUCCGGCCAGCAAGAGGGCCCUGCAGCCACGGGGGCGGGCGCAGGGCUGAGGGAGGGUGCUGUACUUGUGUUUGUUUCUGCUGCUGUGGUGCACCCCAUGUACAUAGCCCAUGUACCGAUACUACUCUACUGCCGUGUGUAAAAAUAUUCUUAUAUUAUGGGACGAAGAAAGAAUAUGUAAACUUGUACGUGUACAUUGUGCUGUGAUCCACAGUACAGAUGAAACGUGAAAUCAACCGAGAGCUUUGCUA